CGACCGCGCGCACCCCGCGCCCCGCCGCGAACACACGAUCAAUAACCGUGAUAACCUACACUAAAACUCCUAAAAAACCUGCCACGCAUCGGGAGCAGGUGCUCGGCACUCGCCAGCCGCAGUCGCCGCCUUCACGUGGGUACCGCGCUCCGGAACGCCGACAGCUUUGUCAACACCAUAAAACAUGGCCACCUUCGAAAACACAUGAUCGCCAACCCGUUUACUAAAACGUGAGCUAUUCUUGUUCGGCUUGCAGCAGACAGUUCCUAUCGGCGUUACGGAUCGAGUAUAUAGUGAUGAGAUUAUAAAAACAAGUAUUAUAAAUAUUACUUUUAGUGUAUAGUGUGAUGGUAGUGUGUUAGGGGUAGUGUAAGUGUUGUGUCAAUGUUGGUGAGGUGAUAGUGCGGGCAGUAUGACGUCACUGAAGCAUGGAGUGAACUUGAGCCGGCGCGCUUGCAGGCGACCCCUUGUGUGGGCCACCCUACUAGCAGCCCUCCUGUCUUGCGCACGAAGCAACCCUGUCGAAAGCACUACAAAACAGAGUCCGUCCAUAACAGUCGAUGGAAUAUCCACGUACCCUGGACUGGGAUUUGGUCCCAUGGGUCCCGUGGCGCCCAUGCCUGGCGAACCCCCGGGAACGCAACUCCGACAGCACCAAGACACCACCACAAAUUUACCAAGCACGGAAAAACCAGUCAAGAAAGAAAGAACGUUCGUCAUCGCUGCAGUAGAGUUCCAUAGAGUCGAAACACCGUUCUUGAUUGGACUAUGGAUUUUCUUCGCAAGUUUAGCAAAGAUAGGUUUCCAUAUGGCACCGAAGUUAUCUAAGAUGUUUCCGGAGUCGUGUCUACUUAUUUUCGUAGGAGUUUUGAUCGGUGCACUUCUGUUGAGUACUCAUAGCGUGCACGUACAGCCUUUGACGCCAGACACGUUUUUCUUGUACAUGCUGCCUCCUAUCAUCCUAGAUGCGGGCUACUUUAUGCCUAACAGAUUGUUCUUUGAUCAUCUUGGAACAAUUCUGUUGUUUGCUGUUGUUGGUACUGUGUUCAACACUUUGACUAUAGGUGCAUCUCUGUGGGCUUGUGGACAGACUGGGAUGUUUGGAUGUACGACUCCGCUUCUAGAUAUGCUAUUAUUUGCAGCAUUAAUAUCUGCUGUAGAUCCAGUAGCCGUUCUCGCUGUGUUUGAAGAGAUCCAUGUAGACGAAGUGCUUUACAUUGUAGUUUUUGGGGAAUCUCUGUUGAAUGAUGCUGUUACAGUCGUUUUGUACCAUAUGUUUGAAGCGUAUACGGAAAUGGGUCCGUCUCGUCUGGAAUACACGGAUUUCCUGGCAGGACUGGCCUCCUUUCUGGUGGUAGCUGUUGGAGGGACCUGCAUCGGAGUCGUGUGGGGCUUCGCUACCGGCCUAGUCACCCGAUUCACCCACGAAGUCAGGGUCAUUGAACCUAUCUUCAUAUUCGUCAUGGCUUAUUUAGCGUAUUUGAACGCUGAAAUGUUCCAUAUGAGUGGGAUACUUGCUAUCACCUUCUGCGGCAUAACUAUGAAAAACUACGUGGAAGGGAACAUAUCCCACAAAUCGCACACAACUAUUAAGUACACGAUGAAAAUGCUGUCAUCGUCUUCAGAAACUAUUAUUUUCAUGUUCCUUGGAGUCGCUACUGUCAACAAUAACCACGAUUGGAACACGUGGUUCGUUUUGUUGACUAUCGUUUUCUGUUCAGUGUUUCGGAUAAUAGGUGUCUGCAUAUUUAGUGCGAUUGCGAAUAAGUUCCGUUUGCACAAACUGAAUAGGGUCGAAAAAUUUGUGAUGUCUUAUGGAGGUCUUCGAGGCGCUGUGGCUUUUGCUCUAGUUCUCCUAAUAGACCCAGAGGUAGUGGAACUUCAACCUAUGUUUGUUACCACAACUAUAGCUGUUAUAUAUUUCACUGUUUUCAUCCAAGGGAUUACAAUAAAACCGCUAGUAAAGAUACUGAAUGUUAAAACAGCUGAAAAACGCAAGCCUACGAUGAAUGAACGGAUUCAUGAACGGUUCAUGGAUCAUUUGAUGGCUGGCGUAGAAGAUAUACUGGGUAAACACGGUAACCACCACAUGCGAGACAAGUUCAAACGAUUCGACAACCGCUUCAUACGACCGUUCUUACUUAGAAAUUACCAGGGCGCAGAACCAAAGAUUCUAGAAACAUAUUCAAAGCUAGCAAUGAGGGAUGCCAUAGAAUACAUGCAAAGGAAUGCCUCAACUAUAGGAAAUAUAUCCGGAGCGGAGUCCAUGUCAGCGAUCUUCAAAAACUAUACUAAUGCCAACUUUAACGGGAGUCCGAGUUUCAGUCAGCUAGAUUCGUCGACAUGGAACAUAGACAUGCAAGAAUUAGAAUACAAUCCAUCUAAGAAAGACCUCACAGAUGCCAAAAUACAUCAUCUCCUUGCUGAAGAACUUUGCAAACCAUUUAGACGCCAUCGGCGCCUUAGCUACAGCCGGCAUGCGGUGAACGAUCGUGACCUCGGCACGCAAGUCAAUUACAAGACUCAUAUGAAUAUACGUCGGCGGGUUGGCGACAGGAAGCAUCAUCACAAGCGUAGUAAACGUGGAAAACAGGAUGGGAAAAACCAUGUGACUUUCCCUGAAUUCCAGCAAAAUGGUUCGGCCAAACAGUUCACGCACGACUACAUAGAUGAGGUUCUGCAGGAGGAGGGCGACGAGCGGGAGGUGGAACCUCGCCGCGAAGGCGAAGACGGCGGUAUAACAUUCACUGCCAAAUCCCCGCCUGGAUAUAAAGAAGUCAGUCCAACGUCCUCGCAUAAAGAAAAUAGUAGUUCACUUUUAAAUCAACUGGCUAACCUGCCCGGAUUCAAUCCUUUGAAAGCGAGGAUUGUUAAGCAGUACGCUAAAACACCCGAAGAAAUCCUCCCGACAGCUGUUGAGAAAUCCUUACCGUGGAGAAGGGACAGAUCCACGUAUAACUUUGUUCCAAACGAGGACAUCCUUGAAGAGGAUGAGAGGAGAUUGUCUGACGAUAACGAAACCUACAUAAUAGUAGCAGAGCACGCUCGCGUGGCUACCCCUACGGCUACGGAAACCAUGUUGCCAUGGAAACGGGAGGAGAUGGAGGGAUCGGGCGGCGGCGCACUCAAACAAUCAGAGUUCCCCGCUUGGGCCUCGAACAAGGAGUACCUCGCGUACAGCUCACCCUCUGCAACAUUUUUAGGAGGCAUAGAGAAGCCAAAACAUCCGAAAUCUAUCAUAGGUCUCUUCCGAAGAGAGAGCUCUAGCUCCACGCAAGGGGCGGCAGACUGUGUGGUGGUCUCCGACUCGGAAGGGAACAAAGACAGUUGGAACAAAGGAGAAGGGACGUCGAGAGACACGGGCGGAAGACAAGGACCAAGUUUACUGUCUAAGAGGAGUACCAGUCUAGGUGGUCCCUCAGUACUGCUUAUGGAGGAUGUAGCACACUCGGACCCGCUGGGUGCCUCCAGCCGACCAGCUAGCAUCAUGCAAGGUCCACAUAGAGGACAAUGCCGAAGGGGAUCCAUGCUGGAGUUGACUGGAUCAAUGUCUCGAGAUGCUAUAACAGAAGAGAAAUGCAGCAAAUCUCUACCAGAGAGCGAACGAAUGGGAGUUCGACGUUUGCCGUUAGGUCAACAGAGUCUGCCAAGGGAACCCUUCAUCCGGCAACUGACCAUGGCUUCCACUCUUAACACCAGUUCCUCAUCUGACGACUCUUCAGACGAAAAUACCUGAGUGCCCCGACGUGGUGACCCAGACCGGUUGCCACUGCUAAAAUACAGGACGCUAGAGUAACGUGCAUUGUGCAAUCGCGGACGGUCAUAGUGAACGCCUACUAUACUUUCUAAAAAGUGCUGUGAAUCUGUGGUGUUAAAUACUUAACGUAGCAUGAUGAGGAUUAUAUCUAAAAGUUUCUGUCAUACCACCUGCAACUCUAAAGGCUGGAGAUUUAUUCGAAAUAAACGAAUUCCGUAUGAAUAGGUACAAAUGGUUAUGAAAAUGACGUUUUAUUAAUUAAAAAAAAUACAAUUAUUCAAAGGCUUUCAUGAUAUUGGUUUCUCGUGAUAAGCAUAGUAUUGGAAUUUUGACUAUUGUUACCGUCUACGUGUAUUUGAAUAGAUAUUAAGAUGCGUUGAUAUAGUCAAUCAAUAAUCAUGAUACGCACACUUAAAGCGAGUUAACAAAUCGUGCGGUAAUGAUAUUAUAGAAAUACGGUACUUUAAUAAAAUAUUUGCUUGCCAGAUAUUCUGUCUGAGGCUUACGAGUGAUUUUGAUAUAGUUGUACAUUAUGUAACUAGGUACAAUAUAAGUUGUAAAUACAACUCGUUGUCGUUGCAUCCGUUUUUACGACACAUAAUUAGAAAAAAAAAAACAUAAAGCUGUCAGGAAAACUUCCUAUAUCAUUCUUGCCUUUUAUUUGUUUAAAAAUGGGUCGUAUGAUGAUUUAGUAUUGAAAUGCUAUCCGUUACUGAUAAAUUCAACCUAGCAGUUAAUCAAAAUGUUAUAUUUAUGUAAACUGUAUUAAUUGUAAGCCUAUUUGCUUGAUGUUUGAUGAACUGAAAGCGAUUCUUACUGCGUAUAAUACAAACCUACAACAUAAUGUCUUGUCUAAAUCAAUGUAUAAAAUAUAUAGUUGUUUGAAGUGUAUUUUUGUAUGCUCUUUGUAAAUCAUGUAAUUACAUCCAGAAAUACUAUGUAUGUACCUAAAUGAUCAUUUGUAUUUAACGUAUUUAUAGAUAUUAAUGAUUUCACAGGUGGCACUUGUUGCCAAUGACAAUACCAUUAGUUUAUUGAAAACAUUAAAGUAAUUAGAUGUGAUUUGUAGAUGUAAGUAGAUAGCGUUUGUGUUUUAUAAGUGACGAAAUACGUUUUGGAGGCUAUUUUGUACAAGGUCUUCUAUCAGUGUAAGACGAAAAUGAAAUGUGAAAAGAAAAUACAAACAUAAAUUUGAAGAUUGGUUAAACAGUCUAGGAGGGUUCUGUCUAGUAGACGACAUUGCACGAGUUCGACAAGAACAGUGUGAAAAAAAAUAACGAAAAAGGUGUUGAAAUCAGAUUGGAUUUUAAACGAUUACUAAAAUUCUGGUGCAUUUAAAUCAGGGAGCCAAUUUGUAGAAGUUUAAUAACUUAAAAAGUAGGGAAUUAGGAAAGUUUAAUAACUUUAUUUAAAACGUCCUUAUUUCAAAUAAAACAAUGAUUUCUGUAUUAUGCUAGGUGUUGAUUAAUUUGUGUCAUUGGCAAUUUGACGUCAUUUCAUUUUGGUCCCAGUAAAAUAAACAAUCUUGAAUACAACAGCGCAUGUUGAAUUGUUACUAGAUUGUAAUUGUAAUCUACUGAAUAAGUUUGUUCGAAAAUAGAUUGACUAAUUUAGAACAAUAAUAGCAGUAGAUAAAUACCUAGAGGAAAAAUUGAAAAUUGCUUAUGUAAAUAUAAAGAGUUAAUUUUGUUGAAUGUGUAGACAAUGAUUGAUGAGUGGAUACUGUAAUGGUCCGUGAAAAUCGAUUAAAAAGGGGGUCUACAACCGCAUCGCAAAUUAAUAUUGUUAUGGUUGUAGAAGCGUGACAGCGCAAUACACGGCGUAGAACGGCAGCUCUCUUCCACAUUCAGAACAAUAUUAAUUUAAGACGUUACCCCCUGAAGGCCAACCAGCUUCUAAAAAGUCUUGUAAAGUUGUCGAAGUAUGAGAAACUACUCCAAGUCAUUGCAGAGAGAUUCAUCGUCUCGCUUCCACAACUGCAAAUCUUUAAGAGGUGGUUAGAACAUUUGACUGAAAAGUUUACCACAAACUCUUUCUCUUAAAAUCUAAGCUAUUUUUUGCGCUGUCUGUCGCUAGACUGUUAGAGAACUUAGCUAUAAGUACGUCUACUGAUCAAUUAUUGUUGUAUAUUAGUGAAAUAAAUAAGCUAUUUUAUUAGAUAGUAAAUAAUUGUUUUGUUUAUAUGUAGUUCAACGGCACAACUGAAUCACAGUGUGUUAUUCUGACCAAACUCAAAGUAUUUUGUUUUUCUUACCUUAUACCUAAUAACUAUGUACUUAGCUUUACCAUAAUUAUUUAAAUACUUAGGCAUAAUAUUGUUGUACUUAGUUUAAUGGUUUUUUCGUGUGUAUUUUAAUUAUUGAGAGUAAAUAUUACCCGUAAUUGCAUUAUGGGUAUGUGCACUUACCUACUUAGACCGUAAAGGUAUGUACAUUAUAUUGAAAAAGAAAGCAAAA